AUGGCCUUGGAGACUCUACGACGCGAUGGUGAUAUCUACUGGGAGUGGCCGCACAAGUGCAGUGGCUGGUCUACAACGGAGCUCAACCAGCUCAGGCGCGAGGCGGAGAAGAUCAUCGGGCGAUCUCUCCGCAUGGUCAGAGCCGACGCGUGCCAGGUCGGCAUGCGCGAUGAUAAUGGCAAUUUUACGCAGUGGGUGGCACUACGCUGUACAAAGGAUCACCCUCACAGCACGCUCGAGGGUCACGACGCCGUGGCGGCGUCGGCCUACUAUCCAGAUCCGAUGAUUCGGAGAUUGGUCAAGGGUUUCGCGAAGGACCUGCGUGGUCAGGAUUUCGCGGGGGACUUCUGGGCCAUGAGCGCGCUGCAGGAUUACGAGGAGCAGUUGUACGGCAUCGAGUCGGGCAUAGAUACGCAUUUGAAGAAGAUGCCGGAGGACAACGUCACGCUCGACAAAGUCAAAUCCUGGCUGAUGGACCUCCACAUUCUUGGCGGACAUAUGUCCAAAACCAACAUGAAGGCGAUGCUCCAGAGACGCGGGUGUCCAAGUUGGCAGCAGGCGCUCGUGGGCGAGCUGAUCUGCGAUGCCUGCACCGAGACCCAGGACACGCAGCACCAGGCCGCGGCGUCACUCUCUAUGCCACCAAAGCUGUGGCAGACGGUGAAGCUGGACUGCUUCGAGCUGGAGGUGCACCACAGGAAGCUGUUCGCGGUGCUCUACAUGGACGCGGCCUGCAAGUUGGCAGCGUAUUUCGAGCCGUCUGGCGCCCAGGUGCUGUCGGCGUUCCUGGAGGACUGGUGGCAGCACAAGCCGCAGUGUCAGUUCUUGAUUUCGGACCCGGGCGGCGGUUUCGUGAGCAACCAGUUGCGCGAGUGGUGUGGCGAGCAUCAUCCAGAGCCCGGGCGAGCGUCGGGCUGCGCACCAGCCCAGUGGGCGCACGGUACUAACCACCAGGGCUACCAGUUCGCAGAGGAGGCUGGUCGCCUGGAUGGAGACGGCUUGGCGCACACCGAACUUCAUCGUCCUUUGGCAGAGCGGGUCUACCUGGAGGAGCAGGCUCGCUCAGUGGCGACUCGGCUUCGGCACUCCAUGAGGCAGAAGCUUCUCUCGAUCAAGAUCGGCGACUGGAUCAUGUACUACCGCCGUGGCAAGAACACUGGAUCUCGAGGAUCGCGGUUUGGACCUGCGAGAGUUCUGGCCAUCGAGCCGAAGGUCAACCUCCAGCGUGAACGUGCCGACGAGUCCGCUUCGAUCGAGGACGAGAUUUCGGCGGUGUGGAUCGCGCAUGGCACGAGACUUAUUCGGCGUCAUCCGACACAGCUGAGGUCGAGCAGCCAGCGCGAGGUAGUCGUGGCUUCGCUCAAGGGCAACAUAGACAAGACCUACCAGAGCAACCAGGACCAGGUGAAGAUUUUCUCCAUGGAGAUCGGCGUGAAUCUCAUGACGGGGCUCAGGCUGGAGACGACGGUGCAAACUUACAUCCAGUUCCUCGAGAGGUUCCCCCAGAUCUGUCUCGAGUACCUGUCCCAGAGGAUGAGGCGGGUCCGGUCGAAGCACAAGGCAUCUCCCUACGACGCGUCUUAUGGGCCAGAAGCGACGUCGGCGGCACCCGAGGACAUCACCAGCGGCCCUGCAGGUGCUCUGAUUGGCGACGAAGCCUCGGUAGUUCCCCGAGAGGGUAGCCCGGCAGAGCCUUUUGGGGUGGGACCCGACUCUGCGGACGGGCCGGUCGCAGAGGGUUUCGCGGGAAACCAGGAUCCUGCAGGGGGGGGGCCCACUAGUGAAGCAGACGAACGUGACUUAAGGGAUCCAGAGGCCAAGCGCAUCAAGCUCGGUGAGAUGGAUCUCAUGACGCGCGACUUCGUGGACGAGGUCAAGUACCUGGAUUCUUGGGACAAUCUCCACAAUCAGUCCGCGGUCUACCUGAAGGACACGACCAUCGAGCGUGAAGUUAUCGAGGUCGCGACCGAUUUCAUUCACAUUGGAGCUUCCCUUCAAGACUUUACGGCCUGGCUCUCCAAGAGGCUUGGCGACGGCAAGGCGACAGAGGUCACCUAUUCCAAGUUGGCGCCAGGGCAGCAGCUCGAGUUUGACGAGGCGAUGUGCAAGGAGAUCAGCCAGGACAUUGCGACCAAGGUCUUGAAGCGGAUCGUCCAGGAGGAGCUCACUGAGAUCGACGAGUCGCGAUUGCUCAAGAUGCGCUGGGUCCUCACCUGCAAGUACCAGGAGGGUGGCGCACGCAUGCCGAAGGCUCGGCUAGUCAUUCUGGGCUACCAGCACCCGAGUCUGACGGAGCUCGCUACGGCGGCGCCUACGCCGGGGAAGCUGGCUCGCAACAUGCUGUUCCAGGUGCGUGCGCAGCACAAGUUCAAGCUCAAGCUCGGCGACGUCAGCUCAGCUUUGCUCCAGACCGACGCGAGCGAGGAGUUCGAGAGUCUGAAUGUGAAGGUUAUUGCGGAAGUGGCUCAUGCUUUUCCUGAUGAGCUUGGGCGUCCUUCGCAGAUCUUGAAGAUGGUCAAGUCUUUCUGUGGAUUGACAACAGCUCCGAGAGCAUGGUGGCUUGACAUCGCGCGCAAACUUCGCGGCCGAGGUUGGCGACAACUACGUGCCGACCAAUCCGCGUGGAUCUUGCUGGACUCCAAUAACCAGCUGAAGGGUAUCAUUGGCGUCCACGUGGAUGACUUCAUCAUCGGCGGCGACGAGACGUCGAAGUUGUACGGGGACGCGGAGAAGGCCAUCAGGGACCUCUACCGAUGGGGAGCAUGGACUUCCGGCCGUGCCGAAUUCAGUGGACUACGCGCUCGCCAGUUCAAGGAUUUUUCGAUCACGUUGGACCUCUACAUCAGUGACAUGGCGAACGCCAACAAGCUUGUCAAGGAUAUGCGUAAAUCAGCCUCGCAGGUGAUCAAGUUUCACCAGUUCGAGAACUACGAUUGGCACGAGUUAUGGAUGGUGCAGUGGGACGAUGCUAGUGACAAGCUCAGGCCCGACGGCAGCAAGACUGGCGGGCUGGUGACAGGCCUCUCGACUCCGGACUUUGCGAAUGGCAGCAUGGCAAAUGUUUCGAUACUUGGAUGGAGAUCUUUCAAGCUACCUCGUAAGAUUUCGGGUUCCAACAACAACGAGACGCAGUCGACCGCGUUCGCUGACGAGAUGCUGUGGUUAUCCAGAUUGAUGCGGGCAGAGUUACAUGGAGUCGAGCCGACUCGUUGGAAGUUGGACGACACAGUCAAGAUCGUGCCAGGCAUGCUCAUCACAGAUUCACGCGGCAUGUACGAUGCGAUUUUGAAGUCAGAGUCUCCUCAGUUGGGCAUGCGCAGUUUCAGAUCAGGUGGGGAGGCCAGGGGCAUUAAGGAACAGAUUUUGCGCACUGGCGUUUCUUUUAGAUGGGUGAAUGGUUUGGCUAUGUUAGCAGAUAGUUUGACGAAGCCGGGAUAUCCGGCUCGGCAUGUGAUGGAAGAGUUUUUGACUACACAGCGCUGGAAGUGUAUUUUUGACGAGAUGUUCCAAAGUGGACGUCGGAGGCAGCGCGAUGGCAAGGGCGCUUUCGCAGACGCGCCCGAGGAGGCCGCCAUUGGAGGCGAGGGAGGUUUUUUAGAUCCCUUGGAGUCUUCGUGUGACGAUUCUUGUUUUUCUGAGUCGACUCGCAGUCUCAUGCGGUCUCGAUGCGUGUAG